AUGGGAGACGGGAACACGGACACUGUGACCGAGACACACACAAUUAGCUCCGAACAACGGGUCGAACCAGCGACGCAACAUAACGAAACGACGGGGUUCUCCCAUAGAGCGGCUGCUGCUAAUGUGAAGUUAGGAAGCCGCGACGGGGAAGAUGCUACGGAGGAUGAGGAAGCUGCUGCAGGGCAUCCCGGUGCGUCAGUGAGAGGUGACGGUGGAGGAGGAACUUCGGAGAAGGAGAAGGAGACUGCCGUACUCCCAGCGGAGAGAGACGCGACGGUGCGUCGGCCCGGCGGAGCUAGCGACGACACAGACGACGCAAAACUCGAGAGAAACGACGAGAAUUUGGCGGAAUCCUCGACGGAAGACGUCGGCGCAGCUGAUAGCCGACGUGGCGGCGACGUCGUCGAAAACAAUAGAACAGCUCCGGGAUUAGUCGACGGGAAAGGUUUAGCGGGUGGCGCUAACUCAGCCGACAAAAAGACGGCCGACGACAAGAAACCCCCGCAAGGUGGCGACGCACAUAAGCGUCACAGCGACGAUAGCGACGGAAACAAUAAGAAAAUCGCCGACGGCACAUUGAAAGUUGAACGCAAUCACGAACGCUCGAAUGAAACAAUCGGCGCAAACGAACAAACCUCAUACUCAGAGAGCGAUAAUUCUCAUAAAACCACUAAAACUGAUAAAAACAUUGCGGACAGUACUGACGGCGCCAGAGAACCCGAGGUUAACAGCGAGGCGAAGCAAUCGAAAAACAAAGAUUUGUCGGAAAUCCGCUCGAGUAACGAAGCAGACGUCACAAAGGGUGACGGGAUAAGUAAACCGGAGAAAAUAGCUAACGCUUUCAGCGACAAACCGACCGACAAAACACAUCAACACGCGGACGCGAGCGAAAACCAUCGUGAAAUUGCCGACGACAAGAAUAAGGACGAAUCGAUUUCCGAUGACAAUAACGCGAACGAUGAUAAACGAACAGGAAAAAACGCGCAGCAGCCGCAUAUGAAAGAAGAAAUGUAUUCUCAUUUACCGAGCUCGCGAGAAUCUGACUCGAGUCUUCAUGCGGACACGCUGGUGUCUGAAUCGAGAACGCUCGGACUAGAGGAACUUAUCCAGAACUAUGAUGAUCCGUAA